CUACUAAGCUUCAGUCUUAUUAAGCAGUGCGUUCUUCGAUUCGCUCUAUAGAGAUGUACACGGUGCGGGUCCCAAUGAAUCAUUAGUCGGAGGGCGACACGCAAGUAGGAUUAGUUAAUGUAGAAACCCAUCUCAAACAGAAUCAGGGCAAUAUUUUUCUACCUGUUUCUCGGGUACCCAUUCGGCCACCUGACUCGCAGUCGUUGGAGACCUCUGGGAGUGGGACCCACAAAAAAGUCUAUUCGAAUAUUUGAAAUGACUUGCAACGGGAACUCAUUCGCGCGCCUAUAAAUGCAGGGAGAGAGAGAGAGAGAGAGAGAGAGAGAGAGAGAGAUCGGUCUGUGGUGAUUUCGUUGCUCGCUUCGAACUUCAAUGGGUUCCGAGGAGGGAGAGGAGUUGAGGAAAGGAGAGGGCCGAGAAGAACGAGGAGGACAAGCGUUGCAGCUGUCAAGGAGGGGGACGAGAGCAAGCGGAGGCGGACUGAUCCAGCGAUCAAGGAAGCGACAAAGAAGCAUCUCUUCUUGUAACUCGCCUCGCUCCACCUUCCUCUCUCGCCAUUCUAGCUUCAACUGGUACGACGUGGACUUGUGGACGGAGAUAGCCAAAUACUUGGACGGCAGCGAUCUGAUGCGUCUGAGCCUGGCCAACCGCUGGUUCAACCAUCUGAUCGCAGAGGAGAGCGUCUGGAUGCAUGCCAGCCUCCGCGACCUCCAUGUCCCCCCUUCUGGAGAAGUUUCCUUUCCCUGGAAGGAUAUCUACGGCUCAGCCUUUGAUGGCAGCCACUCUUAUAACUAUCGGCAGCAGGAAAAGCACAUUGACUGGAUUCGGAUUGGUGCGUUCUUACUUGAUUCGCCCGUCGUGUUGCUGACGGAAAACCUGACGCUGCCCAAAAUGCUGCCGCGGCCGGAGGACGACCCCGCGAAGACGAUUCAGACCACCGGCACGUGCCUGUUAGCUGGCGCCCGGACUGGAAUCUGGAUCGCCGAUCUGCAACUGGUUCGAUGCCCAGUGUGCAACCUCAACACAUGUGAAGGGACGAUGCAGGUGCUGGAUGCGAGACACGUGGAGCUGUUCUUGGAGGAGGGUUUCAAGGACGGGAGCUGGGAGUUCGAAGACAUCGGGUCCCACCGGAUCGCGAAGCAGUCCAUCGCUGCCGCUGGGGCCAUCUUCGACUCCAAGCACCUGCCUGAUCCUUCCACUGCCGGUAACGCCCGUGUAGCUUCAGUCGCAUUGCUUUUCCUCCUAGUUUUAGAUUGACACGGCGGCGGCGGUGCUGGUGGUGGAAGGGGUCCUGGAUGCAAAGGCGUGGAUUGGGCAGCAGGAUGACUGGCAGCCUAAGGCGAGGCUGUCGCUCCACGCCGUCGCCGUCAAUACCAAUCUACAGCCGAACGAGGGGCUUCAAGUGCGGUUCCAGGCGAUGCGGAGCACAGGGGCGGACCGGAAGGUAGUUUCUAUUAGAAUCUCGCAGCAGCUCGUUUAGGACUAUUACCACUUUGUAGAACAAAGAGUAAUUUUCCACAAGAUAAGAUCUCGCUUCACAGACUAACUCUUCUACUAGCAUUUACAUUGUAUAGUCUUUUUUUUUUCUUUUUUUUUCUAAAUACUGUGAGCAUUCUGUUUUUUAUGUGCAUACUAUUGUAGAUUUUAGCGACCACGUACAUGUAGUUGUUUGAGAUUGAUUGUAUGUUUUGGAAUCGACGUAAACAUUCUCAGAUAUGGCAUAUAUGGCAUGACUCAAAUCUCAGGGAAACAGUGACUGGCAUAUGUUUUUUUUGUAUUAUAUGGGCUAUUAGUCCAUUUCAUUAGACCCGCCAUGCCCACCAAAAGCGGCCCUUGUGUGGACACAGAAUUGGGAUCAUCAACCCAUAAUACAACCGCUCUUUCGGGCCGUGUUCAUGGGA